GUAGCCUACCCUACCUCGGUAACUCACUUUAGCCGUGUAAUAACAAGGGUUCUACCGAACUGAGGAGUCACGAGAGGAAGCGAAAGCCGUCCUGACUAGCCUUGGAGAGUUCACAGGACAGAAGUUUCAAUGAAUGGCAUAACCUGACGGGGACCCCAGUUUGCGGUGUGCACGUUUCGCUAAAGCGCUCUCGGAAGACUUUAUUCUUGCGCAUACUUUUUUUUUGGCUCACGCGCACUUACUGGCAAAGUUUCUUUCUUACUAACUUUGAGGAGAUAAACCACAUCUAACCUGUUGCGGAGGACAGUCCACAUUUAACGCGUAUCCACGGAACUGGAACCGUAACCUUGGUGAAGCACGGCGGAAAAGAAAACUUUUUAAAUUUGAUGCAAGUUCGCCGUUUCCACGGUGCAAAUUUCUGACAGUAUUUUAAGGAUUGUAUUGCCGACGACACCAUCAGCAUGCCAUUGAUCUCAUCAGACACCCAGUUUGAUGACUUUAUAUCAAAGUAAUACGACGCAAGCCAAACUUUACACAGUCGCACCAUUUGUGGCAUCAUGGCAUGCACGCUGAUGGGACUGUGUGAAAUUCAGUCGGAGAUAAAGUUUGGGAAAUAACUUUGAUACGCUGCUGAACUGUUGCAAGACUACUUUGCGCUACGUUGUUACAACGGCAUCCACGUUUGAAGCUACGAUGCUGGUCACUUGGGGCUUAUUUAUCCACGCGUUCUUUAUAUUGUUGGUAAGAGCCAACCCGUGGAGGCUCGGAGAUUCAGAAAAGUGCGAUCUUAACAAAAAACAAACUGAAUUAAAUUCCUUCUUGUGGACAAUCAAACGGGACCCGCCCUCCUACUUCUAUGGCACCAUCCACGUGCCUUACACCCGCGUCUGGGACUUCAUCCCGGACAACUCCAAGAAGGCUUUCCAGGAGAGCCAAAUCGUCUACUUCGAGCUGGACCUGACCGACCCGCACACCAUCUCGGCCCUGACCAGCUGCCAGCUGCUGCCCCAGGGCGAGAACCUCCAGGACGUGCUGCCCCGCGACAUCUACUGGCGCCUCAAGCGCCACCUGGAGUACGUGAAGCUGAUGAUGCCCUCCUGGAUGACCCCCGACCAGCGUGGCAAGGGCCUCUACGCGGACUACCUGUUCAACGCCAUCGCAGGCAACUGGGAGCGCAAGCGGCCCGUCUGGGUGAUGCUGAUGGUGAACUCCCUGACGGAGGCGGACAUCAAGACGCGCGGCGUGCCCGUGCUGGACCUGUACCUGGCCCAGGAGGCCGAGCGCAUGCGCAAGCAGACGGGCGCCGUGGAGAUGGUGGAGGAGCAGUGCCACCCCCUCAACAGGCUCAACUUCUCCCAAGUGAUAUUUGCUCUGAAUCAGACCCUUCUGCAGCAAGAGUCUCUGAGAGCAGGCAGUGUCCAGGUGCCAUACACCACCGAGGACCUCAUCAAGCACUACAACUGUGGAGACCUCAACUCCAUCAUCUUCAACCAUGACACUUCACAGGUCCCCAACUUCAACAACGUCACUCUGCCCCCUAACGAGCAGAUCACGGCGCAGGAGAUCGACAGCUACUUCCGGCAGGAGCUGAUCUACAAGCGCAACGAGAGGAUGGGAAAGAGGGUCAAGGCCCUCAUGGAGGAACACCCUGACAAGACCUUCUUCUUUGCCUUUGGAGCUGGUCACUUCCUGGGCAACAACACAGUGAUUGAUGUGCUCCGGAGUCAAGGCUACGAAGUGGAGCACACUCCCGCGGGGCAGCCCCUUAACAGAGGCUCGCGGUUGGAGGGUGAGGACCCUGACCUGGAGACCUUCUCCCCCCUGGAGCCCUUCCUGCACGAGCCACAGGACCGGCACCCCCUGGAGGAGGAGGAGGGCGGCGCGCUGCCGCACAUGCUGCUGCCCGACAGCCUAGAGCUGCUGGAGAAGGUGGAGCGCAAGCUGAAGAAGAGGAGGCGCAACAAGCAGAAGAAGCAGCGCCACCGGCAGUUCAACGACCUCUGGGUCCGCAUCGAGGAGAGCACGACGAUAGAGCCUCCUCCACCUCCGCCCCUGGUGCGCAUCAUCAACGGCUACAUCACCGUGCAGCCGUUCGAGUCCCGGGGCCACGGACGCUCCCACCACACACGGACGCACUCCCGCUCCGCCACCCUGCUCCCCUCCCCGAGCCUCCUCGCAGCGUGCCUCCUCUGGGCACUAGUGACACAGACUCUCCUGCUCCGGUACCUCCAACCAGGGGCGUAGCACCAAAUCCUGGGACCUCUGUACAAGAGACAGAUCACGUGGACCUCAUAUCCAAUUAAAAAUCUUCGGCGUGGGCCCCGCUUUAUAUUAGGGGCCCUGGUAACGGAGCCCCUUUUACCCCAACACUACGACGCCCCUGCCCACACACUUCUUCUAGCUGUAGUGGGUAGCUAGCGGCCAGCCAGCUAGUGUUUGCUAAUGCUGCCAAGGCCAAGCAGUCUGCCCACACAAGGCUAAUGGACUAAUGGAAAAACCCUCUCCACCAUGAACCCAGCGGAGGCAGAGACUUGGCUCAGACUGACUGAAGUAGGACAACCCAAGAGGGGGUUCCUCCAUGUUCACCUCGGGGGACGAGAUGUCGGUGUGUCUUUCACAUAAUUAUUUAUUCUUCUCUUGUUGAAGAAUUGGUCUUUUGUAUCGUUUAAAAUUGUGAGACGCAUGUAUAUACUAUAAAAAAAAAAUAUCUAUGUAUCAUAGAUGUAAUUCUAGAAAUAUUGAACAGAAAACAUGAAAAUGAUUGUAUGGAAUGUCUUUUUCUUUGUUGUCGUUCUUUUAUAAAUAAGAGUCCUUAUAUUUUUGUGACUAAAAAAAAAUCAGGUACUAACCAUCAUCAUGUCAUGUUCAGCAACCCUAUCUCUUAUCUCUUAAAUGCGUUUCCUCUCAAGGGAAAUAAGUAUGGUCCUAUCUAGGAGCCCUGUUGAUAUGUUUGUCCAGAGAAUUUUGAUUGUAUGUAUGACAUAGAGCUUAUUCAUCUAAUUUAUUUAACUAUAUAGUUUUAGGUUAUGGAAAUGUGUUUAUUUUGGCAAUUCCUCAUGUUGUUUUCAUCAGCUGCUUCGGUCAAUAGCUUGACAGGAUUUUAACCAUAGUCACCCAUUCUCAUUGACAAUAUGCGCUAUGAGGAAAAUGUAAUAUUUUGUUAUACUGAUAAACAA